UCGAGAAAAAUUAUUUUCCUUCUCUUCCCAAAUUUUCCCUCUCUUUUCUUCUUUGGAGGGAAAACAUCCAAACACCCCAAACACAGUCUCUCCAUUUACUGAAUGCUAAAGUUACUGUAGAUUCAGUUUUCUUCAUUUUCCCGAGGACGAUUUGCUUUCAGCCUUUCAUCCUUAGCACAGGCUUUCUUCAGUAAGAGUCUAUUUCAAAAGGAGGAAGCUUUGGGCAGGGGACUGUGCAUGUUGAAUUAUUCAGCUGAAGCAAACUAGAUAAUAAUAACCUUCUUAAAACCAAGAUUUUCUUUGGAGUUGGAGAUGCAAACCAAGAAAAAAAUGCCUGGAAGAAAUUCUGCUCGAGAGCAUGCCAAUCCCAGGGUUUCAAGAUCUCAGAAGAAGGUAUCUGAAACUGUACAAAUUAAAGAACAGAAAGUAACUGAGAUAAUUGCAUCCUCUACCCGAAAGCAGAGAUUUGCUGGUUCACUUUCCAAGAAAUGUGAAGAGCCUGUUGCUGCAGGAAAUUUGAAUACCAGAUACGGUUUGGUGCAUGAUGAGACCUUCGAUGUUUGUUUGGGGUAUAAUGGAACUAGUGAUGCUUCCAUUGACUGUAAGAGCUACAACGAGGAAACUGCUGUGCCUGUGUUGGAAACUAUAUUUUCUCCUGCUUUUCACAUGUCAAAAAGUGCUGGUGGGGAAAUUGCUAGUGGAGCCGACUUCAUGAAAAUUCUCCGGAAUGGAGACCAGAAAUUUCAUCAGGAUUGUGAAAUUGAGUAUUCACAUGUUGAUACUCUGAACUGUCACUUUAUCAAGAGAACUUCUGAAUCCAUUUGUAGAGAUGAGUAUUCCAAUGAGAAUACAAUAACUUCAGUUAACACAACAUGCCAUAGUAAUAUGGAAGUGGAUAAAAACAUGCCAUCCAAAAAUGCAAAUGUAGGUAACUGUGGUAGUCAGAAGCUUCCAUCAGAUGCAACUUCUAUGAACUCAUCUUGCAAUGUGGACUUAGAAGGAAACAACCUGUCAUCUGAAGUUUCAGCCAUAUAUCUUGCCAUGAAAAACUCAAAACUGGAAUGUGUUGAUGAGCAUGGUCAAGAUUCUAUGUCAACUGAUGGGUGUGUUGAGGAUGAUGACAGUGAGGAAUUUGACGACUUCGAUCCUUACUUAUUCAUAAAAAACUUACCAGAUUUGUCAUCCGUUGUUCCAACUUUCCGCCCCCUGCUGCUUCCUAAACAGACGCGGAGUUGUCCUCCAACUACUCUAGUUCUGGACUUAGAUGAGACCUUAGUGCACUCUACACUAGAACCUUGUGAUGAUGCAGACUUCACAUUCCCGGUUAAUUUUAACCUCAAGGAGCAUAUGGUUUAUGUUCGAUGCCGUCCUCACCUCAAAGAUUUUAUGGAGAGGGUUGCCAGCCUUUUCGAAAUUAUCAUAUUUACGGCCAGCCAAAGCAUCUAUGCUGAGCAGCUCCUCAAUGUCCUUGAUCCAAAGAGGAGGUUCUUUCGUCAUCGUGUUUAUCGUGAAUCCUGUGUUUUUGUGGAGGGAAAUUACCUAAAGGAUUUGUCAGUUCUUGGCCGGGAUUUAGCACAUGUCAUCAUAAUUGACAACUCUCCACAGGCGUUUGGGUUUCAAGUGGACAAUGGAAUACCAAUUGAGAGCUGGUUCAACGAUCGUUCAGACCAAGAGUUGCUUUUACUUAUUCCAUUUUUGGAGAGUUUGGUUGGAGUUGAAGAUGUCCGGCCACUGAUUGCUAAGAAGUUCAACCUUCGAGAGAGAAUCAAUGCUGCAGCUGUUUAUCCUUUAGAAUCAAAUAGUGGGGAUCCUUUUGAAAGACUCGUAACAAGUGAACAGUCACCUGAUUCAUACCUUUUGGUUAAGCCAAAUCUCUCCAUGCCAGCUCGCAUGGCAUGUACUACCAUUGAUCGUGAUCCUAUACCUGCACUCACGUUAUCAGCCUCCUCCAACGUUCGUGGCCCUAUAAUACCCCCAAGCUCUUCUCCUCCCGCCAUUGCUCACUUAAUUUCAAAAUUCCCAAGACAGUGCUCUGUGUUCACUUCUCUGAAAACACUGAAAAUCAUGGUUGUUGCACAGAAAUUGAAGGAAGCAGAGAUCACUGAGCAGGAUUCUCUUCUUCUGACAAGGAACCUUCUCCGUAUUGCCAUAUUCAAUAUUAGUUACAUCAGAGGACUUUUUCCAGAAAAAUAUUUCAAUGAUAAGUCAGUUCCAGCCUUAGAGAUGAAGAUCAAGAAGCUUAUGCCAAUGGAUGCAGAGUCACGCAGGCUGAUUGAUUGGAUGGAAAAAGGUGUUUAUGAUGCAUUGCAAAAGAAAUACCUGAAAACGCUUAUGUUCUGUGUGUGUGAAGCAAUAGAAGGCCCGAUGAUUGAAGAAUAUGCAUUUUCUUUCAGUUAUUCAAAUUCUGAUAGUCAAGAGGUUUCAAUGAAUGUCAAUCGCACUGGAACCAAGAAGGGAGGAACAUUCAAGUGUAACUCCGCAACUGAAGUUACUCCCAAUCAGAUGAGGAGCUCUGCUUGUAAAAUGGUCCGUACGCUGGUGCAAUUGAUGAGAACUCUAGAUAGGAUGCCAGAAGAGCGCACUAUACUGAUGAAACUCCUCUACUAUGAUGAUGUGACGCCAGUGGACUAUGAACCUCCUUUCUUUAGGAGCUGCACUGAAGAAGAAGCUCAUAUCUCAUGGAACAAGAAUCCUUUGAAAAUGGAGGUUGGGAAUGUGAACAGCAAACAUCUCGUAUUAGCUCUCAAGGUAAAGAGUGUGCUUGAUCCUUGUGAGGAUGAAAACGAAGAUAUCCAAAAUGAUGAUGUGAGUUUGGGAGCUGAUUCUGUACAAAGAGAUGAUUAUUCUGAAUCUGACAGUGAGGUUAACCUUUCGCAAAGGGACCAAUAUAUUGUUGCACCAGUAGUGAGUUCAACUUGGAGUAACAAUAAUUCUGGUCCAGAUAAGCAGCAGCCACCUGAAGACACUGGUAUGGUUGAUGAAGAUGAUACCCAGGAUUCGGUGGAAGAUGAACAACAAUUGAGCCGGGUGAAGGAUUGGAUCAGCUGUCGCCACCUUGACACCAUUGAACUCACAGAUGUUCUGUCAAAUUUUCCCGACAUCUCAGUGGUUUUGACUGAAGAAAUUAUGGACAAGCUUGUUAAAGAAGGUGUUCUAUCAAAAACUGGAAAGGACGCUUACACCAUCAAGAGGCAGAAGGAAUGUGAGUAUGAAUUUGAUGCUGUGAAAGAAGAAAUGGGUGCUCAAGCACUUCCUAUUAAUGAUAAAGUUGACCAGGCUAUGGGAGAGGAUCACAUGUACAUGAAGGCUUUGUACUAUGCUCUUCCGAUGAACUAUGUGACAGUUCCUAAGCUUCAAAACAUGCUCCAAGGACAAGCCAAUCAGACUACUGUGCGCAAACUAAUUGAUAGAAUGACCCAAGAUGGAUUUAUUGAUGCUAAAAGCAACCGAAGGCUAGGAAAGCGCGUGAUCCAUUCUGAUCUGGCUGAGAAAAAGCUAAUUGAAGUCACAAAAUCCUUGAACAAUGAAGCUAUGGAUUUGGAUGUCAGUGAGCCACAUGACAACUCCAACCAUCUAGGAUUUCACACAAACGGAAGCAACCUCAAGGACAUGUCCACAUGCGGUGUCCUCCACUCCAUUGGAUCAGAUCUCACGCGAAUGAGAGGCAGAUCAGACGUAUAUCAAAAUGGCUCAAUUAGGAGCGAGCAGACCAUUUCAAAGACACUGGGGCAGGGGAACACUCCCACGAGCAGGGUUGAGCCAAUAGCUUCAAGAGAGAGCUUUGCACCAGGGAGUGACAACACCAGAGCAAAUGGAAAUACAAAUUACGGUGAUGAGGUGGAUGCCAUUAUCUGUAGUAGGUCCACCCAAGACAAGAGAUCCAGGAAAGCAAGCACGAUGGAGAAUCGAGAAUUGAAGCAUCUAGGGUUCGUGAGGAUUGCUGCGAUCCAGGCUCUGGUAUGCGUGUCGAAUCUGUACUAUUACGCGAAGCAGAACUUGGGGCCUCUCAGAUCAACCGUUGGAGCUGUGGAGGACGCUGUCACCGCUGUGAUCUCUCCCGUUUACGAUAAAUUCAAGGGCGUGCCUGAUCAUCUCCUUGUUUUUAUGGACAAGAAGGUGGAUGAAGUCUCGGCCAAAUUUGAUAAGCAUGCGCCCCCAGUAGCCAAGGAUGUUGUAGGCCAUGCCCAGUGUUUGGUUCUGAAGGCAUCAAAGACAGCUCAAACGCUUGUAUCGGAGGCGAAAGCUGGUGGUCCAUCUGCAGCUUUGCAGCAUGCCGCCACUGCGUACAAGCUGUUCAUGUUGACCCAACUAGUGAAGCUGUGGUUUAUCCUCAACAAGGUGCCCCUCUUCCACACGGUAGCAGAUAUGGCAGUACCCACAGCUGCUCACUGGUCAGAUAAGUACAACCACGUAGUUACAGACAUGAGCGGAAAGGGUUAUACCAUCUUUGGUUAUUUCCCGCUGGUUCCCAUUGAUAAGAUAGCCAAGACAUUUAAGCAGGGUGAGGCUGGGAAGGAAAUGGAUUCUGCUGCUUCUUCUGCUGGUGAAUCAUCAUCAGAUUCAGAUUAAAGAGAUCUGUGAUUAUGGUGGGUGUGUAAAAAUGUCAAUCUAGUUUGUAAAUGACCAUUGGAGGAGUCUCUCCUCACUUCGCCAUGUUAAUGUGAAUAAACUAGCAUGUCGGUGAAUGGUGAACUUUAUUAAUGUUGUAUCAGUGGAGUAGAACUUGGUUCAGUCUUUGUUGGUGAUCU